AUGAGCCCCAGAACCAUGACGUCCAACGAGGUGUAUCUGCUGCCGCUCAACGACGACGGCUCGCCAAACGUCGCCGGCGAGUACAUUUACCUCGCCCCCCGAUCCGCCGACCCCGUCACCGUUCGCUUCGCCAUCGAGGGCACCUCCUCCAUAUGUCGUCAUGGCAGCCUCUGGGUCAACAUCCCCCCCAAGGAUCACGAAUUCCGUCGUGACAGCUUUCGGGAGUUCAAACUGAAGCCCGACUUCAAUCGUACCAUCGAAAUCUCCGUUCCCAUCUACCAGCCCGGCGCCUUCGCCUUCUACACCACCUAUGCCGGCCUGCCCAAGCUCGAGCCGCACCUCGCCGUCGAGCCCUCGACGACGGACCAAAAGUUGGAAAAGACGCCCUUGUACUACAUCGAUGUCGCUCCGCGGCUGCGGCUCGAUGGCAGUCCGCUGCCGCUGCCGGCUCUCUCCAUGUUCUCGCUCAUCGGGAAGCUCAUGGGCCGCUUUCCGACCGACUGGGAAAGGCACUUUGCCGGCAUCGGCAACCGGGGCUACAACAUGGUCCACUUCACCCCCCUCCAGGUUCGCGGCGAAUCCAACUCCCCCUUCAGCCUCUACGACCAGCUCGGCUGGGACGCCGACUGCUUCCCCCAAGGCGAGGCCGACGUCGAGAGAAUGGUGGAGAGCCUGGAGAAGAAUCACUCGCUGCUCAGCCUGACGGACAUUGUCCUCAACCACACCGCCAACAACACCAUGUGGCUCCAGGAGCACCCGGAAGCCGGCUACAACCUGACGACGGCGCCCUGGCUCGAGUCCGCCUACGUGCUCGACACCAAGCUGCUCGAGCUGAGCGACAGCAUGGAAAGCCUGGGCCUGCCCCUCGAUCCCGCGUCCACCGACGAUCUGAUGCGCAUCAUGGCGGCCAUCAAGACCGAGGUCGUCGCCAAGAUUCGCCUCUGGGAGUUCUACGCCCUCGACGUCGACCGCGACGCCGACGCCGCCGUCGAAGCCUGGACCCUCGGCAAGACCUUCCAGCCCGCCGCCGACGACGCCGGCUUCGAGGAAACCGUCGAGCGGCUCGAGACGGGCAACCUGUCCGCUCAGGUCGACUUUAUGAGAAAGUUUUCCCUGCGCGGCCUGGAAAGCCUCGGACCGCGCUACAAGCGAAGCGUCGACCACUCCGUCGCCGCCACCAUGCUCUCCUUUUCCAUGGGCCGCUUCGAGGCCGGCAACCCGUCCGCGCCCGACAAGGCGGCGGCGAGGACGAGGAUGGUGCAGGUUCUGGACGCCCUGAACGUCGACUUUUACAAGGAGUACGACGCCGACAUUGACGAGAUCCUCGAGCAGCUCUACAAUCGCCUCAAGUACGUCCGCCUCGACGAGCACGGCCCCAGGCUCGGCCCCAUCACCAAGGCGAACCCCCUCAUCGAGACCUACUUCACGAGGCUUCCCUCCAACGCGACGACGGCCAAGCACAAGCCCGGGGACCUCGUCCUCGUGAACAACGGUUGGGUUUGGGCCGGCAACGCCAUGGUCGACAACGCCGGCCCGAGCUCGCGCGUCUACCUGCGGCGCGAGGUCAUCGUCUGGGGCGAUUGCGUCAAGCUGCGAUACGGCUCCGGUCCCGACGACAGUCCCUGGCUCUGGCGGCACAUGACGGCCUACGCCCGCCUCCUCGCCAAGCACUUUGCCGGAUUCCGCAUCGACAACUGCCAUUCCACGCCGCUGCACGUUGCCGAGCACAUCCUCGACGAGGCCCGCCGCGUUCGGCCGGACCUCUACGUCGUCGCCGAGCUCUUCACCGGCUCCGAGGAGAUGGACUACGUCUUCGUCAAGAGGCUCGGCCUGAGCUCCCUCAUCCGCGAGGCCAUGCAGGCUUGGAGCACGUCCGAGCUGAGCAGGCUCGUCCACCGCCACGGCGGCCGACCCAUCGGGAGCUUCGAGGUCGACAACAUCACCCGGUCCGACACGGGCUCGCCGCCGACCAGUCCCACCACGACCGGUCCGGACGGUCACCUCUCGCGGGAAAUCAUCCGCCAGAUCAGGCCGACGCCCGUCCACGCCCUCUUCAUGGACUGCACGCACGACAACGAAACGCCGGCCCAGAAGCGGGACGCCCGAGACACGCUGCCCAACGCCGCCCUCGUCUGCAUGUGCUCCAGCGCGACGGGCAGCGUCAUGGGAUACGACGAGAUCUACCCGCGCCUCGUCGACCUCGUCGGCGAGAAGCGGACCUACACGUCCGAGUCGUCCGCUUCGCCCUCGGUCAACAUCGGCGGCGGCAAGAACGGCAUCGGCGGCGUCAAGAAGCUUCUGAACCAGAUCCACACCCUCAUGGGCAAGGACGGCUACGACGAAACCCACAUCCACCACGAGGAGGAGUACAUCACCGUCCACAGGGUCCAUCCCGGGUCCCGCAAAGGAUACUUCCUCAUCGCCCACACGGCCUUCCCCGGCUACGGCAACGGCAACGGCGCCUUCAACCCGGUCCGUCUCACCGGCACGCGCGCGAGGCAUCUGGGAAGCUGGAUGCUCGAGGUCGACGCGAGCGAAGAGGCCACCCGGAAGACGCUUGCCGACGAGCAGCACCUCCGCGGCCUGCCCAGUCGCGUCGUGGAUUUGGCCGGCAUCAAGAUGGAACUGCACGGCGACGACACCAUCGUCACCGUCCGCGACAAGUUCCCCCCGGGGAGCAUCGCGCUCUUCGAAACCUGGAUUCCCGCGGCCGAGCAUUCGGCCGGCCUGGACACGUACGUGACCUCGGGCGCCACCGCGGCCUGGAGCCGCGUCGAUCUCAUCGACCUCAACUUCCUGCUCUACCGCUGCGAGGCGGAGGAGAAGGACUCGAGCGGUGGCCGCGACGGCACGUACGACAUUCCCGGCCACGGCAAGCUCAACUACGCCGGCUUGCAAGGAUGGUGGAGCCUUCUCAAGAACAUCGUGCGGGACAACAACCUGGCCCACCCCCUGUGCCAAAAUCUCCGCGACGGAACUUGGGCUCUCGACUACAUCGUGGGGCGGGUCGAGCGGAUGAGCAGGACGGCCGGCCACGAGCGGCUCGAGAAGCCUGCCGCCUGGCUCAGGGAGCGAUUCGACGCUCUCCGAACCAUCCCCAGCUUCCUGCUGCCGCGGUACUUUGGCCUCGUCUUGCGGACGGCCUACCAGGCGAGCUGGAACAGGGGUCUCGAGCUGAUGAACGCCAGCGUCAACGAAGGCCAAUGGUUUCUGCAGAGCCUCGCCAUGGUGAGCAUUCAGCAAACGGGCAUGGUCAAGUCGGCCUCGCUGUGGCCGAACAAGCCCGUCCCCAGCGUCGCCGCCGGCCUGCCUCAUUUUGCCGUCGAGUGGGCGAGGUGCUGGGGUCGCGACGUCUUCAUCGCCAUCCGCGGCCUGUACCUCGGCACCGGCCGCUUCGCCGAGGCCAAGGAGCACAUCCAUGCAUUUGCGAGCGUCCUGAAGCACGGCAUGAUACCCAACCUGUUGAGCAGCGGCGACGCGCCGCGCUACAACGCCCGAGACUCCAUCUGGUUCUUCCUGCAGGCGAUCCAGGAUUACAUUCACUUCGCCCCCGGCGGCGCGAGCCUGCUAGGGGAAAAGGUGAAGCGGAGGUUCUUGCCCUACGACGACACGUGGUUCCCGACGGACGAUGCGCGGGCCUACUCCAAGGAGAGCACGGUGGAGGACGUCAUCCAGGAAGCCCUGCAAAGGCACGCCUCGGGCAUGAAAUACCGCGAGGCAAACGCGGGGCCCCAGAUUGACUCUCAGAUGAGCGACGAAGGCUUCAACCAGGACAUCAGCGUCGAUUGGAGCACGGGCCUCGUCUUCGGUGGCAAUCAAUUCAACUGCGGCACCUGGAUGGACAAGAUGGGCGAGAGCGAACGCGCCGGCUCCAAGGGAGUGCCCGGGACCCCUCGCGACGGGGCCGCCAUCGAGAUCACCGGACUCCUAUACAGCACCGUCGCCUGGCUGGCCACGCUGCACAAGGAAGGCAAGUACGCCUACUCGGGCGUGAAAAAGACGGACGGCACCGCCGUCUCGUUCGCCGACUGGGCGAAGCUCAUCAAGGGCAACUUUGAGCGGUGCUACUACGUUCCAGUGUCACCGGACGACGACGCGAGGUACGACGUCAAUCCUCGGGUCGUCAACCGACGAGGCAUCUACAAGGACCUGUACAGGUCCGGGAAGGAGUACGAGGAUUACCAGCUGCGGUGCAACUUUCCCAUCGCCAUGAGCGUCGCGCCAUCCCUCUUCGACGCCGACCACGCCAUGCACGCCCUCUGCCUCGCCGACAGCGUCCUCCGCGGCCCGACGGGCAUGGCGACGCUGGACCCGGCCGACCUCAACUACCGGCCGUACUACCGCAACAGCGAAGACAGCGACGACUUUGCCACGAGCAAGGGACGCAACUACCACCAAGGGCCCGAGUGGCUCUGGCCCACGGGUUUCUUCCUCCGCGCGCUGCUCAAGUUCGACCUCAAGCGGCGCACGACGUCCGAGGGACGGGUCGAGGCCUUCCAGCAGGUGACGAGGCGCUUGAGCGGCUGCAAGGCAAUGAUAGGGGACAGCGUCUGGGCGGGCUUGGCCGAGCUGACGCAGAAGAACGGGGAGCACUGCCACGACUCGUGCCCGACGCAGGCGUGGUCAGCCGGUUGUCUCAUCGACCUGUACAUGGACGCGCUGGAGGAGCAGCAGGCGAUCAGGGCCUCGGCACAAAUGCUGCACGGUCUGCCCAACACCGGCAAGACGGCAACACUCGACAUCGCCCAGCGUUAG